UGAAUCUAUAGUUGGUAUGAAUUAUCGCCACUUUAUCUUAUUUGUUCUGAUAAAGCUGUUAAUAAUUAUCAGUUUUCGCCCCAAAAGCACCUAGGUAUGUGUGUUUUUUAAAUUUUGUGAAGUCAAACUUAAAGCACAUUGAGAACAAUGUUUAGUAAAUCGAAGAAAAAAACUAAAGAAAAUUCUUUAAUGCCAUUUAAUACAAGUAGUUUUACUCAAACUCAAAACACUAUUACAACUACGACAGGUGGGAUUACAACAACAACGCGAAUUGAAAGAUCUUCAUUUCAAGAAUAUCGUUCAAGUUCAUCUAUAACAAGUUCCUCACUCAAUUCAUCAAGUUCAGGAUUCACUCGUUUAUCCAAUGAUCGAUCUUCAUUGCCUAAAUCGGCUUUUGGUAACCCCAUUCAUAAUUACAAUGCAAAUACAAAAAGUGUUCCACCACUAAAAUAUAAUUCCAAUGAACUUCAAAAACGUAUUGAAUAUAAACCAACAAAUGAUGCAAAACCAUUUCCAACUACGAAUACUAGUUUUGGUUCUCAACUAAAUCAAAUAAAACCGAGUGCAAGUAAUGUUUUAAACUCUAGUAAUUCAAAUAAUGUUCCUUUAUCUAGAUUUCAAUUAAAUCAAACAAACCCGAAACCAAUUGUAACAACUUUCUCUAAUGUAAAUCAAUUAAAAUCCAAUUUAAAUGAUUCCAAGAAUGCUUUUAACAAUGAAUUGAAUGAAAAAUUAAAGAUAAAAGUUAAAGCAACUGGAAUUUAUCUUGGGGAUGGUUCGAAAAUUCCAAGUUAUGAUACAAGAUCAUCAAGAAAUCGUGGAAAAUUAUUAUUAAUUAACAACAUUGAUUUUAAAGACGAAAAGAAAAAGAGGAGUGGUGCUGAAGUUGACCAAGUAAAUUUAGUAGCAGUUUUUAAACAAAUUGGUUUUGAUAUUUUACAAUAUAAAAAUAAAACUAAGGCUGAAACUGAACGUAUUGUAAAAUCGUUCGCUUCAGAUUCAAGUUUAAAAAAAUAUGAUAUGUGUGUAACUGUUAUUAUGAGCCAUGGUACAACAAUCGAUGCACAGACUGUGAUCGAAACUACCGAUGAAAAAGAAUUACCAACUGAAUGGGUUGUGCAACAAUUUCAUGGAGAUAUUUGUAAAGGAAUGAAUGGAAAACCGAAAAUUUUUAUAUUUCAAUGUUGUAGAGGUGACAAAUCAAAUUCUGUUCUUCACACGGAUGGAAAACCUUUUCAAGCGCCACGAAAAGUACAGGAUAUUCUAAUAAGUUAUUCAACUUUACCAGGUUUUGCUGCUUAUCGUGACCCAACAUUGGGUUCAUGGUACAUUCAAGGAUUGUGUAAAGUAUUUAUGGAGCAUGCCCAUGAUACCCAUAUAGAAGAUCUUUUAAAAAUUGUCGAUGAUGAACUAAAAAAAGUAGAUGCUGGCCCCAAUCAUCGACAAACUAGUAAUUAUGACAAUCGAGGUUUCAAAAUUUGUUAUUUAAAUCCUAUUAAAUAAGUAUUAAUAAUUAAUCGAGAGAAAUCUUAAUAUUU